AUGCCUGGAGCUGCGGACGCGAAGGCGCUGGCUACGGCCAUGCGCCAGACGCUUAACCUGCCGGCCACGCGCUUUCCGAUGCGGGCCAAUGCGGCCGUGCGUGAGCCGCAACUGCACGCGCGUUGCGUGUCUGCGGCCUACGCGGAACAGGCAGAGGACACGACGCGGCCGCUGUUCGUGCUUCACGACGGUCCGCCAUUUGCCAACGGUAGCCUGCACAUGGGCCACUUUUUGAAUAAGACACUUAAAGAUAUCAUUAACCGGUAUCAACUUCUACGUGGCCGACGCGUGCAGUACGUGCCCGGCUGGGACUGUCACGGCUUGCCCAUCGAGCACAAGGCGCUGACGAUGCUGCAGCUCUCGGCCGAUGAGCUGUCACCUGCCCAGGUGCGCGCACUGUCCCGUCAGCUGGCCCGACAGGCCAUACAGGAGCAGCAGAAGGACUUUGAGCGCUGGGGCGUACUAGCCGACUGGUCUGGCGCCGAGGACAGCGUCUACUUGACUAUGAGUCCCAGCUACGAAGCCAGACAAUACGACGUGCUCAAGAAGAUGGUACAUGAUGGCCUUAUCUUUAGAGGCUUUAAGCCUGUGUACUGGUCUCCGAGCUCUCGUACGGCGCUGGCCGAGGCUGAGCUUGAGUACCAGGAUGACCAUGUGUCGCAUGCGGCCUACGUCAAGUUCCACUUCGCCUCAAUGGGUAGCAAUACUAGCGAACAGGCGGCCAGUGUGCUAGCCAAGUAUGGAGACCGAUUGUCGGCCGUGGUAUGGACGACCACGCCGUGGACCAUCCCGUCCAACCAGGCUCUGUGUGUCAAUGCGGACCUGGAGUACGUGAUCGUACGGCCACGCAACGCAUACUCAUGCUAUUUGAUCGCCAGUGCACUACAAGAGAGUUUCGCAACGGUGCUGAAGGGAGACGCAGAGGAGGAAGUAGAACUGGAAGUGUUGGAGACACUUAAUGGCUCUGAUCUCGAAGGUGCGCACUUUACGCACCCGCUGGUGGAUCGUGAGGCUGUAGUACUGGCGGGUGAGCACGUUACGACCGAUGCCGGUACCGGCGUGGUACACACGGCGCCGGGCCACGGCCAGGACGAUUACUUUGCCUGGAUGGCGCACCAUUCAAAGCCUGGCGAGCAUCCGGACAUCAUCUGUCCCGUCGACGCUGACGGCUGCUUCACGUCUGACGCUGGCCGAGGUCUUGAGGGUCUGUGCGUGCUGGACGAGGGUAACAUGGCGGUGAUCGAUCAGCUGAAGUACUCUGGCAAUCUGCUUUCUAUUGGAGAGUAUCACCACAGAUACCCGUACGACUGGCGCACCAAGAAGCCUGUGAUCUUGCGUGCUACAGCUCAAUGGUUUGCACGUCUGGAUACGCUUCAUGCGCGCGGCAAGCGCGUGCUAGAAGACUCGGUGCAGAUGGUGCCGGCCAGUGCGCGUCGUCGUCUGGAGGCCACACUAUCGAGCAGGCACGAGUGGUGCAUCUCUCGCCAGCGCGCAUGGGGUCUGCCGAUCCCCGUGUUUUAUCACAAGACAACAGGCGAGCCGCUGAUCACAGAGGAGAGUAUUGAGUACUUGCAGAGCAUUGUGAAGACGUACCACGUUGAAGACGAGAACGGCGAGGUCGAACGUGAAGGCGCUGACUGCUGGUGGGAUUUGUCAGUACGCGAGUUGCUGCCGGAGUCUCUUAAGAGCCAGGCUAACCAGUACGAGAAGGGCACGGAUACGCUGGAUGUGUGGUUCGACAGUGGCAGCAGCUGGCACGCGGUGCUUCCCGGUCUCUUGGAGCCGAACGAGGAAGGACAGCUGCGUGCUGACGUGUACCUUGAAGGCUCGGACCAGCAUCGCGGUUGGUUCCAGUCGUCUUUACUGACGUCGCUGGCCAUGCAGAACACGGCGCCGUACAAGAACGUCAUCACGCACGGCUUCACACUGGACGAACGCGGCAGUAAAAUGUCCAAGUCACUGGGCAACACCAUCGUGCCGAAUGACUUUAUUAAUGGCUGUACCAUGCCUGUCCCCGUGGCCGAGAAGAGCUCGAACAACAAAAAGAAGGCCACGAAGAACAGUAACAAGCCGGAGAAGGCUCCGAAAGUGAAGCAGAUGAGGGUGCCUGCGUAUGGCGCGGAUGUGCUUCGCUUCUGGGUGGCCACGACCGACUACACGGGCGACGUGAGUAUUGGCCCAGGUGUCGUCGGUAAGGCCAGCGAUGCGCUGCGCAAAGUUCGCAACACGGCGCGUUUCCUGCUCGGCAAUCUGCAGGACUUCGACCCUGCACACGACGCUGUUCCUUAUAGCAAGAUGCCCUUCUCGCUGGAUCGCUACAUGCUGCACGAGGUCAACGCAUUGGCGGCGUCUGUGACUGCAGCGUACGACGCCUUCGCCUUCAACCGCGCCCAGCACGCUCUGUCGCACUUCAUCUCGACGGAUCUGUCGGCGUUCUACAUGGAGGCCACGAAGGACCGACUGUAUUGUGACGCGGCCGACUCGCCGACGCGCCGGUCCGCACAGACUGUGCUGUGGCUGUCGCUGCAGGCACUUACGCGGGCUCUGGCCCCUGUGGUGCCGCAUACGGCGGAGGAUAUUCGUCUGCAUUGGGAGGCGCAGCUGCAAGGCGACAUCCCGCUUGAAGACGUGCCUGGUAGCGUGUUUCUGGAGCAAGGCUGGAUGCCCAGUGCCGAGGAGUGGAAGGACGACGACCUGGCCCGCGAUUGGACUGCCGUCCGUCAGCUUCGCUUCGAGGUGAACCGAGUGGUGGAGCAGAUGCGGCAGGCUGGACGUGUGGGUAGUCAACUCGAGUGCAACGUGUACGUCGUGGCGUCCGAGUCCGACCCGCGCGUUGCAGAGCUGUUGUCUCCUCUGACUCAUACAUCGGAGCUUGAAGACGUGCUUCUGUGCUCCAGUGUGGACGUUGUGGCGUCGGAGACGGAGAUUGAGAGUGCAGAGCAGUUCAAGGCUACCUGCCAGCUGGCCAUGGGCUCGAAUGACGCCCCCAUCGACGUCAAGCUCGUGCUGACUCCUGCCAAGGGCCACAAGUGCCCGCGUUGCUGGAAAUACGCCCCCGAAGUAGACGCCGCCGAGACGCAGUUGUGUUUGCGCUGUGCACAGGCCACAGAUCUGCGCAGUGUCACGGAUCUGGCCAAGAGGUUGAUUAAAGACGCGUAG